UUCACGGAUAUUGAAAUAAGUUUUGUAUAAAGUAAUUAUUCAGGAUUUCAAAGGAAUGGUCAAAUAGAUCAUAAUAUGUUUGACAUUUUUUAUACAAAAAAAUUAUAUAAAAUCAUCAAGAUAUGACUUGAAAUCACUUGAUUUCGAGCAAAUUAUUAGAAUAAAAAAUUUCACGCUCUUAAUAAAUUUCAUGCAAUAUAUUUUAUUCAUUGAAAGUGUGUGGCAACAACUUUUAGUGAACGUGGACGAAAACACGUCAAAAGUCAACUUUAUCAUAAAGAAAGAAAAAAAAAUCGUAAUUUUAAUAAACGACUCUUAACUAAUAAAAUUACAUAUAUUUAAAUCGGGAAUAAAGGGUAAGCUUAAAAAGAUUUAUAAAAUAGUUUCAUCAAGGAAAGUCCGCAGGAGAAUUUCAAGCACGAGCGGGUGUGUUUUUGGCUAAGUGGUAUUUCAGGAAGAACAAUAACGAAAUUCCGAAGGAAAAAAAAUUCGAGAAAAUAAUGGCAAAUAAGACACAGGGACCGCCGACCAAGCAAGAAAUUGAGACGAUAUUUAAUCGUUUACGUACACAACCAGCCAAUAAGUGCUGCUUUGAUUGUGGUGCUAAAACACCCACAUGGUCUUCGGUGACCUAUGGUGUAUUUAUCUGCAUUGAUUGUUCGGCUGUACAUCGUAGUUUGGGUGUCCAUUUGACUUUUGUACGUUCCACAAAUCUAGAUACAAAUUGGACAUGGCUUCAAUUGAGGCAAAUGCAAAUGGGUGGGAAUGCCAAUGCUGCACAAUUUUUCCGUCAACACAAUUGUUCGACAACGGAUGCUCAGCAAAAGUAUAAUUCUCGUGCUGCGCAAUUGUAUCGUGAUAAACUGGCUGUUCAAGCCCAGCAAGCCAUGAAAAUACAUGGCACAAAGCUUCAUUUGGAUAAUCCCGUCGAUCGAACUGAACAUAACGAUAAUAAUGAUAAAGAAGACGAUUUUUUUGGUGACUGCCAACAAAUUGAUAAUAAUUCGGACUUUGUAAAUGACAACAAUAACGUGAACAGCAAUAAGCUGGAAAUACCUCUGCCAACCUUAGCUUCCGAAAAGUCGAAAAUUGAGCCUUGCUUGGGUGCCCCUAGUGUGGAAUUAUUAAAUGCGACUAUUACACCCAAUACAUUAAUUCCCUCGAUCGGCGUACGCAAAAUACAACCAAAAAAAUCCGGGUUAGGUGCACGUAAGGCAGGCGGUUUGGGAGCUACCAAGGUGAAGACGAACUUUGCGGAAAUUGAACAACGUGCUAACAUGGCCAAUCAAAUAAAAGAUGGUAUUUCUUUGAUAAUACCCGAAAAGCCAAUGACAACCGAGGAGGAACUAGAAUCCGUAGCUAGCAUGCGUUUAGCCUACCAGGAUUUAUCAUUGCAGAAAAACCGUGAGGAAGCUAAAUUAAAAACUAUAGAUCCGUUGAAGGCUAAACAAAUGGAACGUUUGGGUAUGGGUUUUAACUUAAAAGGUGCUGACAUAUCGCACUCCGUUUUGAGCGAUAUGGAGACAAUACAACAAGCUCCUGCUCCGAAGGCCACGUCAGGCAGUAGUUCGUCUAUGUCUAAGCUGGCGGCAUUUGAUAGCGAAAGUUUUUUCAAUGAUUAUUCACCUACAAUGUACGGUGGAAGUGGUGGUAGUGGGGGUGGCACUGCUUCAUCUUUUGGUGGCAAUAACAAUAAAACGGAUAAACAAGAAUUGGAAACUAUGGGAUUUGAAGCUAUUGAGCCGAUAGGUUCUACUCAUACAAAUAUAACUUCAAUGUUCGGCGGCGGCGAUUGUGGUGAUAAGAAACAUAAAGGAACAACUUCCGUAGCCAAUACAAAUAAAUCAACGAAAACGACCACCAGUUAUGAGAGUUAUACACGUAAAGCUAACAACACUCCCAUUAAACGUUCAGAUGUAAAUGAUGAUAAUUUGGCCCAGAGGAAAUUUGGAACAUCUAAAGGUUUCGGUUCAGAUCAGUUUUUCGGUCAUGAAACAACGCAAGAAGAUGUUGGUGCAAAUUUAUCAAGAUUUCAAGGAUCAAAUUCCAUAUCAUCGGCUGACUAUUUUGGUGAAAGUAAUACAACAGGUCGCUCAUCAAGAGGUUAUAAUACUGGUGUGAAUUUCCAAGCGCCUGAUUUAGAUGAUGUUAAGGAAAGUGUACGCCAAGGUGUUCACAAAGUUGCAGGCCGUUUAAGUGCUUUGGCCAACGACGUUAUGUCUAAAUAUGGUUACUGAUAGCAUUUACCCCUAUUUUAUUAAGUGAGCUUAUUUUCCAAAUUUUCUUUAAAGUUUUCCAAAAUAAUUUAUUUUCAAGUUUUUCUUUUGUUGUUAAAAA